UUUGCACCCUCCCACAUGACCUAUGACGUAUAUGAUACGCGACAGCGGUUAGCUGUCACCGCCGAAGAACUGAGGAGGAUGGCGAGCUCGUCGAGUUACGUCAAAGUAGAAUUUUAGUCAACUCGUUGCGAUCCCCAACGUUGUACGAAUUAAACGGGAUUCCCAGGACCCGGUUACAAGAUUAGAUGAAACAAAAGGAUCAAUGUCUUUUCUUCGCUGGGUGUCUGAGAAAUUGAGUGUGGAGAGCCUGCGGGAUUUGGAGUUGUUUGGAGGAGUUGGAUGGCGUGCUCCGCUGUGGCAGUGCAUGGCACCGCCUGCCCGCUCCGCCCGACGCCGCCACUUGGGCAAAUCUAGCCUGCCAGCACAGCCACUCACACAGGCCCAUGAGGACAGCAGGGAAAGCGUGAGGUCCCUUCCACGUGGAGACACCAUGGGCAGCUUCCUCCCAGACAGCAGCGCCUAUCAGUUGCUCGCCGUUAUCGGCCGAGGCCUGGACCACCUGAUGACUGUCAACCGGGCUGUGUACAAACCCACCGGGGAGCACGUGGCCGUACGUCGCAUCGACCUGGAGUCGUGUACUAACGAAAUGGUCGCCUACCUGCAGGCCGAGCUGCACGUGUCCAAGUUGUUUCACCACCCCAGUAUUUUGCCCUACAAGAGCGUCUUCAUCGCUGAGAACGAGUUGUGGGUCAUCAGCCCCUUCAUGGCGUAUGGGUCAGCCAGAGAACUGGUCAGCACGUAUUUCCCUGACGGCAUGAGCGAGCUCACCAUCGCAUACAUCUUACUGGGCAUCCUCAAAGCGCUGGAGUACAUCCACCAAAUGGGAUAUGUGCACAGGAGCGUAAUGGCCAGCCACGUUCUGAUUGCUGCCGACGGCCAGGUGCGCAUGUCUGGCCUCCGCAGCAUCUUCAGCCUGAUCCGACACGGCCGACGGGCCAAGGUGGUGCACGACUUCCCGCAGAACAGCGUCAAGGUGCUGCCGUGGCUCAGCCCUGAAGUGCUGCAACAGAACCUGCGGGGCUAUGACUUUCGCUCCGAUAUCUACAGCCUGGGCAUCACAGCGUGUGAGCUAGCUAACGGACACGUUCCCUUUAAAGACAUGCCGGCUACGCAAAUGUUACUGGAGAAGCUCAACGGGACAGUGCCGUGCUUGCUGGACACCACCACCAUCCCGCCGGAGGAGCUCUGCAUGAAGCCAUCGCGCUCCGGCGCCGACUCGGGCAUCGGCGAGGGGCCAGGAGGAGGAGGCGGAGGCGGCGGCGGCGGCAGUGUUGGCGGGGUGCGCCACUCCAAUGGCGAACCGAUUUCCUCGUCCGCACACCCGUACAACCGCACUUUCUCGCUGCACUUUCACGCCUUCGUCGAGUUGUGUCUUCAGAGGGACCCGGAGAAGAGACCCUCCGCCUCCGCUCUCAUAGGUCAUCCCUUCUUCAAGCAGAUCAAGCGGAGGCCCUCGGAGGCGCUGCCCGAGCUGCUGAGGCCCGCGUCGCCCAUCGGCAGCAGCGAGAGCUCCCAGCCACCGCCGGCGUCCAGACUGGCCAGCCUGGAGUCGGGCCUCAGCCACCUGGACGUGGACGACUGGGAUUUCUGACCAACCCGUGUCUGAGUGUAAAUAAGUUGGCGUUACUCUUCUGAGCCGCUUGGCGUUGCGCUCCUUUUGUUUCUCGUCUUAAAACGGCCUCCUUCUCCUCUCAGGCUUUGUACAGAAUAUGCUCUACCUCGCUGGCUCGCACACGUUUGCAUGUUCCUUUACUGGAUGAAUGUUACUGAUUUGACAAUAAAAGCGAUGUUUCCGCUUGCUAAAAAA